UGAUUCAUGUAUAAGUAAAUCAGUGUGAUCUUGAAAUUAAAAGUGACUCAGAAUUGUCCUUUUAAAUCUUCUUGUUACGGUACGAUCUCAAGGCAUUGAAAUUUAACUUCUCCUAAAACAGAAAGAACAGAAUUGUUAUAUACCGUGAAUGAGCACAAAUAAAUAUACAAUCGGUGUUCGUCUAAUGAACUAGUAAGACGAAUACCGACGUUCGUUUACUUGUAUUCGUUCGCGAAUACUCAUCCAGCCUGUAAGGGCCUUGAAAACUGCUAAAAAUUAAUGAACGUUCAGGUGCAAUGUCCUUGCAGUCAGAAGUCACGGACGCGUUGUAUUUUUUGUCAACAGAUCCUUCUGCUAAAUCCCUACCACCUGCUACACGUAAAUGGAUCAGAGAUCGAUUCGAGGAGAAAGCCUGUGACGUACAACUGGACGGCAGUUUGAGCUAUGUUAUAAAGUUACUUGAAAAUUAAUUUUUUCCUUCAUCAGGUUAAUGGCUAAAUUUAAUUAAAGAGUUGUUAGUGUGCGUCAUUCUACGAGAAGUCUUUCAGUAACAGACUAGCCGUCGAACGGUGUGCAUCAAACGCGACGGAGAUUCUUAAUCACACGAAGUUAAGUUGUAUACAAUAACCGAAGAAACAUGAACAUAAAGCUGCUCCUGAUAUGCACGAUCUUUGUCUUGAUCGUGUUUGUCGACAUUGGAGAUGGAAAAUCGACUAGACGAAGAACCGGAAGCGGUGGAUGGGGAUUCGGAUCGCGUUCGAGGACGACACCUCGUCCUCGUACGUCCCAACAAUCGCAGAAUACGCAUAAUUCGUACCAGCCAUCGAAUCAAGGAAGUUCGAAUAUAGGUUGGAAUAUACCGGAUAAAAAGCCGACUGGAACUAACACUGCACCUAAGCCAUCUGCUCCUGUGUCCGAGCAUGCUGCUAAAACCAGUGCGACGAACGUGCAAUCUGGAUAUUCACCAUCAGGUGGAUACCCUCGUCAACCAGCUAGCAAUCCUUAUCAAACGAACGCCAAUCCACACGCGGGUCAGCCAUAUAAUCCUUCAGUUGGUCAAGGUUAUAAUCCUUCGGUUAGUCAAGGCUAUCAUCCCUCCAUGGGACAGGGUUAUAAUCCUUCAGUCGGAGGACACGUGCCUUAUGGAGCACCGCCACCCUACUCCAGUAAUCCAUCAAUUGGUGGAGGAUAUAAUCCUGGCUUUGGACAUCCAUCUUAUGGACAAUCUUUCAGUCCGUCGAUGGGACAAGUACCUCAACAAACGAUUCUUGUACAGUCCGCAUCGAAACCCGGUAUUGGUCAGCUCGCAAAAGAGGCAUUUGUCUUUGCUGGUGUAAGUGCCGGUGUGAACGCAGCCGUAAACAGAUUGAUACCAGGAGGAAUCUAUGGAACCAGAGGCAGUAGUUCCGACGGUGGAAGCGCUGGCCCACACACACAGAUCACUUAUAACAAUUAUUAUAACAAUGGAACUGCACCAGCUCCAGCUCCAAGUUCUGAACAAGCUCCUGCGGCUCCUGCAGCAGCCGCACCCGCAGCAGCCGCACCCGCAGCAGCUGCACCUGCAGCAUCUCCAGCAGCUCCUGCUGCAGCUCAACCGGCAGCUGAGGCACCACAAUCUGCGCAGUCUAACGCGGGCGUCAAUAAUGCACCACCAUCUCAAGAUCAACAAAACAAUCUUAACCCUCUAGGGUAUGUCACCUCUGACAGUGAUCUCAAGAAGUUCACAGAGAGUCUGUUCGAGGAGGACAAGAAUAACGCUUUCCAGCACAUUACGGUAAAAUUGCAAGGACAGAAAAAAGAUGAUAGCACUGCUGAUGAUGCUUCUGAACCAUUGCUGACCGUGAAAGAUGAAGCUUACGAGAUACCGACAGUAAAGGCACUGUUGCCCUUGUUAGACAACUACGAACUGGAUGUGAAAACCAAGGAAACCGUUACUGCUGAGGAACGGAAAGAAGAAUCUGAGUUACUUGACAAGAUUCUUGAGACUGAUGUGAUGAAAGCUACCAUGAAAUUCUUAGCUGAGAAAGGAUAUAUUCCGGAUGACGAGUACGAAUUCAAAGACUCUUUGAAACGCAUAUGGUUCUCUCAAUUUAAACGGAUCGAUGGCGAUGCAUCAAGCUCUGGUUUUGAAACUGUAUUUUUGGCUGAAAAGUUUGAUCCAGAUAUAAUAGGAUUGCACGAUUGGAUUUACUAUGCGAAGCAAGAAGCAGCUAACAAACUCAAUUAUCUUGGAUAUAUUAAGGAAGUCAAACUUGGCGAUAAAGGAGCAGUCCUAAAAGUACGUUCAUCGUUGGAUGGAAUAGUACAACCCAUCACGACUAUUUUCGUUGGUACAUCGCCUGAGUUGGAAUUCGCUUUAUAUACAAUGUGUUUCUUUACUCGUCCCAACAAUGUUUGUCCAAUUUCGCUUGGAGGAGCAGAGUUUAUGAUUAUUGUGAGCAGAGUCAACUACUUUGGAAAAGAUAUUUUGAUUUCUGCGUACCCUGACAUUUAACUUAAUUGUAACAACGUAAUACCUUUACAUUGAGUAUACAAGUUUUGUAUAAUGUGCUUUUAUAAUGAAAUAUGACCUAGUUAAUUUAACAUUACUUGUUAGCGAAGGAAAAUCAGGACUUCAAUUUUUAUUAUACAUUUAAUUGUUGCAACAUAUUGCGUAGUUCUAUUAAUGAAUUUGAUUUGCAACGUACCUCAGUGACCUUAUGUCGUCUUUCUAAUUCUGUCAGUUCUAAUAAUGGUAUUAUGGACGGUCGUCCAUGAGCGCAUCGAGUAGGGACUUUUGUUUUGUUUAGUAAUUUCAAAAGCCACUUACAUUCUUUUAAUGUUAAUGGAUCUCCAAAUUUUAUGGCUCCUACAAAAUACUCUUAUAUUACAUAUCAGCAAACGUAUAAACAGAUGAGAUUAUUAUUCUAUGAACGUCUAUUGAUGAAAAAUACAUAUUCUACUUCUUUAUA